AAAUUUUUCAAAAAAAUUUAUAGAUAGAAAUGUGAAGACUAGAAUGCACGCCAACGAUGAUGAUAACGAGCUUUUGCGUAUUCAAUUAGAAGGAGAGGAACUAGAAAAAAAGAACAUCGACAAUGAAAAGAUUCAGCAUGAGCGCGACAACCGUGGGGUACCAAUUAAAAGAGACGAGGAUGGGACUGUGUUUGAGUGGGACCAAUCACUUAAAGGCUGGUUUCCAAAAGUAGACUCAGCGUUCUUGGCUGCAUACAGACUGUCAUAUGGCGAUUCCAAUGAUGCGAUUAAAACUGAAGGUGGAAGUAUUGAGAGGUCAACUCAACGUGGAAUCGAUCAAGUUAGAUAUGUACAUCCAGAGACCAGAAAUGUGUAUGAGUGGAAUGACGUUAAAUACCUGUGGAUAAAUGUAAAAGAUGAAACGGAUACUAUGGCUCCCAAUGUCGAAUCAAAUAACUCACAAAAAUACACAGACCCUUCUACGAAUGUUGAGUACAUUUGGAGUGCAUCUAUGACUCAAUGGGUCGCUGAAACUUAUGUGGAUCACUUAACAGGUUUAUCAUUUACCUGGGAUGAUGGCAAGCAAGAAUACGUGGUUGCAGGCGAGCUGAAAAAAUUUGCUGACUCCAAAAAUUCCGAUGAGUUAAAGAAUGAAAAACCAUCAGAAAGUUGUAGCCAAGGUUUGAGAGCGCCCGGAGCAAUUGAAAAAGAGCAAAACCAAAUCCCAAAAAGAAAAAGAAAAGAACCAGAAUGGUUCAAUAUAGACGAAAAUCAGAAUUCGAAUGUUUAUGUUUACGGACUACCACUUGAUAUGAGCCAAGAAGAGUUUGAAACACUGAUGAACAAGUAUGGCAUAAUCAUGACUGAUCCAGAUACGGGAAAGCCCAAAGUAAAGUUAUAUCAAAAUCCUGAUGGAACCAUGAAGGGCGACGGUCGUUGUUGCUACUUAAAAGUGGAGUCAGUUGAAUUAGCUUUAAAAUUACUUGACGGGCUCGAUUACCGCGGUGGCCGCAAAAUUGGGGUCCACAGAGCCCAAUUCAAGCUUAAGGGGGAGUUUGAUCCCACGAAAAAGAAGAAAAAGCGUACCAAAAAGAAAAAAGGCAAAGCAACUCAAGAAAAAUUGUUAGAUUGGAGACCAGAAGCGAAUCGAUUGGUUGCUAAUCGAAAAAGAUGUGAGAAGGUAGCUGUUUUGAAAAACGUGUUUGAUGCGAGAUCCUUGAUGAAAGACGUAAAACAAAUCCCCGCGCUGCAGAAAAAAGUCAAUCAGGCUUGCAGUCGGUUUGGGGCGAUCAAAAAAGUUUGUAUAUUUGACCUCCAUGAUGAAGGUGUAGCAUCGAUCGCUUUCAGAGAUUGGGACUCAGCAGAUAUGUGUGUAUCACAACUAGACAAUAGGCAGUUCCUAGGGCGAAAAAUAACAGCGGAACUGUGGGAUGGGGUCACAAAUUACAAAAUAGUGGAGACAGAAGAGCAAGAGCGGGCACGAAUUGAAAGGUGGGAGAAAGAGUUAUCUGGUGAUUGGUCAACUCCAGCGCAAGAAUCGAAGAGCGAAAAGCCAUUAGCUGAAAGUUUACAAGAUAGCACGUUGGAAGAAAUGUUGGGGCUAGAUCGAGACAGUGACGAUCAAGAUGAGGCCGAGGAUGAAUACGAAGAAGCUAAAAUGAAAGAAAUAAUGGCUAAUUUAGCAUCCGGCGGCGAAAUAUUUGGCAGUGUUCAGUCAAAAAUGAUGUCGGAAAGCACCACAAAAGAAAACAGCAGCUGAUUGAGGCAAGGUUGAUAUUAUCAAGCAAUAGUUGUUAGCUUAAUUUUGUUUUGCUCUAUAUUAAAUUAAUUUCAAAAACUG